GCUCGUCACACAGUCACGCUGGCGUGGAGGGGCAACAGCGGAGGCAGAUCAUUCUGCUGAUCCCAGCACCUUUGCUUAUUAAGGGAAGCACCAGCACCUCCUUGAUCGCUUCCCUCCUCCCUUUUUUUUGCCAAUCGCCAUCCCACGACAGCCUACCCGGAGGAAAGGAGUCGGGGAGGGGAAAGCGAGGACACACCCGCACAUACUGUACCCGGUGUAUACACGGCGAGGAUGCUGCAGACAACAUGAGGUGUAUAUCAUCGACUGCCCCAAAUUGGAAUUUUUAUUUUUUUUACACAAGAUCUGAUUGUCGCAGCUGGUUCUUCACCUCUCUGGUACCAGCGUCCGGUCACUCACAUCAGAUAUGAAAAAGAUGUCUGCAGUCAGAUCCUAGGUGACAUCCUGUGGCCGUCAGGUCUUUACGGUGUUGAGCCCCCUCCCUCUCCUGGCCCCUGCCUGCAGUUUUCCAGGCUGCAGGACCCAAACUCACUGAAAAGUGCAGGCCUCCUCCCCCUGCAGAAUGACUGUUGCCACAGGCGACCCCUCUGACGAGGCGGCUGCGCACCCGGGGCACCCGCAGGACUACGACCCGGAGGCCGACCAUGAGUGUUGUGAGCGGGUGGUCAUCAACAUCUCAGGGCUGCGCUUUGAGACUCAACUCAAAACCCUCUCCCAGUUCCCGGAGACGCUGCUGGGGGACCCCAAAAAGAGGAUGCGGUACUUUGAUCCGCUGAGGAACGAGUACUUUUUCGACAGGAACAGACCCAGCUUUGACGCCAUAUUGUAUUAUUACCAAUCAGGGGGCCGGCUAAGACGGCCGGUGAAUGUCACGCUCGAUAUUUUCUCAGAGGAGAUCCGCUUUUACGAGCUGGGCGACGAGGCCAUCGAGAUAUUUCGAGAAGAUGAAGGUUUCAUCAAGGAGGAGGAGCGGCCUCUUCCUGACAAUGAGUUUCAGAGACAGGUGUGGCUGCUGUUUGAGUACCCAGAGAGCUCAGGUCCUGCUAGGAUUAUCGCCAUAAUCUCUGUCAUGGUCAUCCUGAUAUCUAUUGUCAGUUUCUGCUUGGAGACCCUCCCCAUUUUCCGCAACGAUGAUGACGAUAUGCACAAGUCUCACUCGAAAGUCUAUUCACCUGAGACCAACACCACGAUCAUCAGUUAUACUUCCACCUACUUCACCGACCCCUUCUUUAUCCUGGAGACUCUCUGCAUUAUAUGGUUCUCCUUUGAGUUUCUAGUGCGCUUCUUUGCCUGCCCGAGCAAAGCGGGCUUUUUUGGUAACAUAAUGAACAUUAUUGAUAUAGUUGCUAUCAUCCCUUACUUCAUCACUCUCGGCACAGAGCUCGCAGACAGGCCGGAGGAUGGUCAAGCGGGUCAGCAAGCCAUGUCCUUAGCCAUUCUCAGGGUCAUCCGCUUAGUACGAGUCUUCAGAAUUUUCAAGCUCUCCCGUCACUCCAAGGGGCUUCAGAUUUUGGGUCAAACCUUGAAAGCCAGUAUGAGAGAGCUCGGCCUGCUCAUUUUCUUCCUCUUCAUUGGAGUCAUCCUCUUCUCAAGCGCCGUUUACUUUGCCGAAGCAGAUGAGCCGGAGUCACAGUUCGAAAGCAUCCCGGAUGCGUUUUGGUGGGCGGUGGUGUCCAUGACAACAGUUGGCUAUGGUGAUAUGGUCCCAACGACGAUCGGUGGCAAAAUCGUCGGUUCUCUCUGCGCCAUCGCAGGUGUGCUGACCAUCGCCUUGCCCGUGCCUGUCAUUGUGUCCAACUUCAACUACUUCUACCACCGUGAGACGGAAGGGGAAGAGCAGGCGCAGUACUUGCAGGUCAACGUUCCCAAAGCCGACUCGGCCGAGGAGCUGAAGAAGAGCCGGAGCGGCUCCACCAUCAGCAAAUCGGACUAUAUGGAGAUCCAGGAGGCUGUGAACAACAGUAACGAGGACUUUCAGGAGGAGAACCUUAAGACGGCCAACUGCACGCUGGCCAACACAAACUAUGUAAACAUCACCAAAAUGCUCACAGACGUGUAGUCGUCUGCUGUUUUCCUCCCUUUCAAAGCGGGAAACGCGGAGCCGAGCAACCGGACGGGACAGGUGUACAGCCUCCCACUUCUCGUGUGCUGGAAAAAUCAAGGCAAUAGAAUCAGGAAGGUGAUGAUGAUUGACAGUGAAAAAAAAAAAUUACAAAGACCAUCCGCUCACUCCUUGCUCAUCCUGUCUUUAUCCCUCACAACUUGCCCUUAAAACUCCUGAAAACUGUCAAAGUGAAAUUUGAAAAUUUCUGCAUGGAGUUGGCUUUUUUUUUGUGUGUGUG